AUGUCAGUAGAAGAACUCGUCUCAUUGGCAAAGACUGCCAUCUCGGCGCGUCUUGCAGAACGGUCUCUGCCCGUCGCUCUCGUAGGUCUUGAAGAGCAAUACAAAAAAGUCCUAGGACUUAUGCGGCGUACGAUUGAAACAGGCGAGAGCAACUCUUGCUUGAUCCUAGGACCUCGCGGCACAGGAAAGACUAUGCUUGUACGGCAGGCUCUGAAAGAUCUGGAAAGACAGUUCGGGACAUCAUACCAGGACGAAUAUGGUGAAGAUGAAGACGAUAUGGACGUUGAUGUUGUGCGCAAGGACUUUAUGGUGGUCCAUCUCAAUGGACUUGUCCAGACAGACGAUCGAAUGGCACUGAAGGAGAUCAUGCGUCAGCUUUCACGGGAAGGAGAAUCAGAGCUUGGAAAUUCUAAUGCUCAGUACCCCAUCAUCUUUAUUCUGGACGAGUUUGAUCUGUUUGCCCAACAUACCAAGCAAUCUCUCCUCUACAACCUCUUUGAUGUAGCCCAGAGUGCAGAAUGGCCCAUUGCCGUCAUUGGUUUAACUUGCCGCAUGGAUGCACUGGAGUUACUGGAGAAGCGUGUCAAAUCUCGGUUCUCACAUCGACACUACUACACCUUCCCACCAAGCGACUAUCACGACUACAUCGACAUUUGCAAGAAUGCAUUGCUGUUGACACCUGCCGAUCUGGAGAUUCAGACUGACGUGAUGAUGGUAGGCACAGACCAUCGGACAGCAGAGGCGUUCAUGAAAGAGUUCAACCAACGAGUCAAGACUCUUUUUGAGGACGGUGGCUUUUCCAAAGUCGUCCAACGGAUCUUUGAUUUGAUGAAGGACGUCCGAGCAUUCUACCGACUCUGCUUUGGCCCGGUUGCAGAGCUGUCGAAGGAAAGCCCCUAUUUGAGGGCCUCGCAGUUUUACGAAUCAGGAUUGCAACAGCGGGUAGACAACAAGACUGAGCUUCUCAAGGGAACGUCUCUUCUAGAGCUGUCGCUGUUGAUUGCGAUCAAGCACUUGGUUGAGCGAGAGGUGACUUCGUUCAACUUUGAGAUGGUGUAUGACGAGUACAAGGAUUUUAUGGAUAUGGCCGUUGUACGGGGCACCAUGGCUUCUUCGGCGAGUUCGCUGGGCGUGGGCAGUGGCGGGUCGAUUGCUUCAUCUGAUGGAGUAUCACUGCGCCUCUACAAGAAAGCUGUUGCCUUGAAGGCGUUUGAGCACCUAGUCGAGGCCGAGUUACUGCGGCCGGCGGAUUCGUUCAGCAAGGGACCGAAGGAGUACCGUAUGAUGCGGGUGAUGCUCGAUGCCUCGCAGAUAUCGGACGUAGUCCUGAAACACCGCGACUGCCCAACCAUCGUCGCGCGUUGGGCUGCCCGUCGAGGCUAA